UGAGCGCCCGGAGGUGGGAUUAAACUGGGCUUUGUUUAAUCCCCUCCCAGUAGCCAGGCUUUAUAAAUCCCCCAGUGGCAACCGGCAGAGCACCCAAGGGUGCCCCGGGGGCCCGCCGGCAUGGCCCAGCAACGCCGCCUCCAGCUCUCCACCCAGCGUCCCACCAGCACCGUCUGCGUCCUGGGCACCGAGCUCUCCCUGGACAUCCACGGAUCUGCACCCAAAGACGCCGUCGCCUUCCACGUGCAGGGGACGCCGGGCGUGAAGCUCUAUGUGGUCCACGAGACGCAGAGCGUCAAGUUGCCCUCCAGCGUAGGCCGCUGGCCCCUGGCUGCUGGCACCGAGGUGCUGCUGGCCAUGGAUGCUCUCAGCAAGGACGUGGGCGACGAGAAGGUCAGGAUUUCUUAUUUCGGGGAGGCCGGCGGGGUGCCCGUGGCCAGAGCCAUGCUGUACCUCACCUGUGUGGAGGUCUCUCUGGACGCCGACACCAGCCGCAGCGGGGCGGUGAGCAGGACGCUGCUGGAUAAGACGACAUGGACGUGGGGUCCUGAUGGACACGGGGCCAUCCUCCUGGUGAACUGCGACCGUGACGACCCCAAAGCCGAGCUGCCGGAUAACCGCGACACCGCUGUCCGCUCCUACGCCGACCUGAAGGACAUGUCCCAGAUGGUUCUGCGCACCCGAGGACCUCGCACCAUCUUCGCCGGCCACCGCCUCGUCCUCCACGUGGACUUUGGCAACGCCGAUAAAGUGGGGGUCUUCUACGGCGGCAACAGCGUCGCGCUGGAGGAGUACAAACAGGUGCUGGGGGGGAAAAAGCUCGCCUACGCCAUCAAACCCAGCCGGCACCAGGAGGAGAGCAUCUUCUACGUGGAGGGACUGGCCUUCCCCGACGUCGGCUUUUCAGGGCUGGUGACAUUCCACGUCACGCUGCUGGAGAGCCCUGAGAAGGGUUUGCUGGAGACGCCGAUUUUCACCGACUCGGUGGUUUUCCGCGUGGCUCCGUGGAUCAUGACCCCCAACACGGCAGCACCCCUGGAGGUCUUUGUCUGUAGUGUGGAAAAUAACGAGGAUUUCGUGGCGGCCGUGGGCUCCUUGGCUGAGAAAGCCAAGUGCCCUCUCACCGUCUGCCCGCUGCUGGAGAACCGCCACGACCGCUGGAUCCAGGAUGAGGUGGAAUUUGGCUACGUGCAAGCCCCCCACAAGACCUUCCCCGUCGUCUUCGACUCGCCCCGCGACCGGGGGCUGAAGGAUUUCCCCGUCAAGAGCAUCCUGGGCCCUGAUUUUGGCUACGUGGCCCGACAAGCACCAGAGGGUGCUUCCAGCCUCGAUUCCUUUGGUAAUUUGGAGGUGAGCCCCCCCGUGACGGUGCAGGGCAAGGAGUACCCCUUGGGCCGCAUCCUGAUCGGCAGCAGCUUCCCCAGGUUUGGUGGCAGGCGGAUGGCGAAGGCCGUGAAGGAUUUCCUCGUCGCCCAACAAGUGCAGGCCCCUGUGGAGCUGUUUUCUGACUGGCUCCUCGUCGGCCACGUAGACGAGUUCCUCAGCUUCGUCCCUGCGCCCGAUCGGAAGGGUUUCCGGCUGCUCCUGGCCAGUCCCAGCGCCUGCUACCAGCUCCUCAAGGAGAAGCAAGAGGAGGGGUUCGGCGAGGCGGCGAUGUUCGAGGGACUGGAAAAAGUGCCCAAACCGACCAUAAAUGAGAUUCUGGCUAAUGAAGGUCUCCGGAAAUUCAAUAAUUACGUCCAGAGCUGCAUCAGCUGGAACCGGGACAUCCUGAAGCGGGCGCUGGGCCUGGCCGAGCAGGACAUCCUGGACAUCCCCCAACUCUUCCAAGGCGACGUGGCCACCGGCGCCGAAGCCUUCUUCCCCGACAUCUGCAAGGAUUUGAUUUCCCGGGGACUGGAAAAAGUGCCCAAACCGACCAUAAAUGAGAUUCUGGCUAAUGAAGGUCUCCGGAAAUUCAAUAAUUACGUCCAGGGCCCUGAUUUUGGCUACGUGGCCCGACAAGCACCAGAGGGUGCUUCCAGCCUUGAUUCCUUUGGUAAUUUGGAGGUGAGCCCCCCCGUGACGGUGCAGGGCAAGGAGUACCCCUUGGGCCGCAUCCUGAUCGGCAGCAGCUUCCCCAGGUUUGGUGGCAGGCGGAUGGCGAAGGCCGUGAAGGAUUUCCUCGUCGCCCAACAAGUGCAGGCCCCCGUGGAGCUGUUUUCUGACUGGCUCCUCGUCGGCCACGUAGACGAGUUCCUCAGCUUCGUCCCUGCGCCCGAUCGGAAGGGUUUUCGGCUGCUCCUGGCCAGUCCCAGCGCCUGCUACCAGCUCCUCAAGGAGAAGCAAGAGGAGGGGUUCGGCGAGGCGGCGAUGUUCGAGGGACUGGAAAAAGUGCCCAAACCGACCAUAAAUGAGAUUCUGGCUAAUGAAGGUCUCCGGAAAUUCAAUAAUUACGUCCAGAGCUGCAUCAGCUGGAACCGGGACAUCCUGAAGCGGGCGCUGGGCCUGGCCGAGCAGGACAUCCUGGACAUCCCCCAACUCUUCCAAGGCGACGUGGCCACCGGCGCCGAAGCCUUCUUCCCCGACAUGGUGAACAUGCUGGUGCUGGGCAGGCACCUGGGCAUCCCCAAGCCCUUUGGACCAGUGCGU